CCCCCUGUCGUCACUUCGAAGCCCCUCCCCUAUGAUGCAGCUCCGAGGGAAGCCGCCGCGUGCAGCAGCAGCAGUUCAGACACUGAGGAUAGACAGCGGGAUGAGCAGUGCAAUGCAGCAGCUCCGGCACUGCCACGGACUUGCCCGGGUCCUGCUGCCUGGCGCUCACAGUGCACAGCGGCUAAAGAGUAACAUCCCUCUGGCGUCAGCAUGUUCUGGACUACUGUCUCUUCGUUGGGGAAGCUACAGCAGCGAUAACAGCCACAGAGGACACAACUACUUCAACACCAGGGUUCCAAAGUUCAGAUAUGUAUUGACUGGGCUGGUGGCUGGAACUGGAGCUGUGCUGGCCUAUGGAUUUCAUCACAGUAAGCCUGAGCGAGCGGCUGCCUCAGUGACUCAGACAUCCUCCCUGCCUGUCUACACCCAGGACGAGGUUUCGAAACAUUCUUCUUUGGAUGAAGGCAUAUGGGUCACGUACAAGGGAAGCGUUUACGAUAUCACCAAGUUCGUAUCCAUGCACCCCGGAGGAGACAAAAUCCUGCUUGCUGCUGGUCGAGCUCUGGAGCCAUUCUGGGCACUAUAUGCCGUUCAUGGACAAGAACAUGUUCUGGAAAUUCUGUCAGAGUACAAGGUUGGAGUUCUUAGACUGGAGGACUGCAAGAAGCAGGAACUUUCCAAUCCUGCUGAUCCCUAUUCUACCGACCCGCCUCGGCAUCCUGCUCUUGUCAUCAACAGCUCAAAACCCUUUAACGGUGAACCUCCUCCUGCCCUCCUCACGGACAACUACAUCACCCCCUCUGCUCUGUUCUUCAAACGCAACCAUCUUCCCGUUCCCCAGAUAGAUCCUGACAAGUACAGGCUACAGAUAGAAGGCCUCCCUGGAGGUGCAGUGUCUUUGUCCUUGGAAGAUCUUAAGACUCGCUUCCCUAAGCACACCGUCACCGCAACUCUUCAGUGUGCCGGAAACCGGCGGUCUGACAUGAACAAGGUCAAGCAGGUAAAAGGGUUGAACUGGGGAGUUGCAGCUAUAAGCAACGCCACAUGGUCAGGCGCAAGCCUACGAGACGUUCUUUGCCACUAUGGCUUUGGACCAGAAGUGGCGGCUAAGGCUCAGCAUGUGCAGUUUGAAGGUUUAGACAGGGAUGUAACUGGUACAUCCUAUGGAGCGUCCAUCCCUCUAAACAAGGCAGUGAGCGAAGAGGGAGAUGUCCUUCUGGCGUAUGAAAUGAAUGGGGAGGAUCUCCCACAAGACCACGGGUACCCUGUUCGAGUGGUUGUCCCUGGAGUAGUUGGAGCUCGAAAUGUCAAAUGGCUUGGUAAGAUAGUCGUCAGUGAGGAAGAGAGUCAGAGUCACUGGCAGCAGAAUGACUACAAGGGUUUCUCUCCCAGCAUUGAUUGGGACACGGUGGACUAUAAAUCAGCACCGGCCAUCCAGGAGCUUCCUGUGCAGUCUGCAAUCACUCAGCCUGCAGAGGGAGCGGUGGUGGACAGAGACAUGGAGGAGGUGACUGUGAAGGGUUAUGCUUGGAGCGGUGGAGGACGGGAGGUGGUAAGAGUGGACGUUUCGCUGGAUGGAGGUAAGACGUGGCAUGUGGCUGAACUCCAGAGUGGCAAGAAAGGACAACAGCCUGCACCACCUCCUCCACCUGGGCGAGCAUGGGCAUGGAAACUCUGGGAGAUAACAAUCCCUCUGCCGGAAGGAGCUCAGGAGCUUGAACUUGUUUGCAAGGCAGUUGACAGUAGCUACAACAGUCAGCCAGACUCGAUGGCGCCCAUUUGGAACUUGAGGGGUGUGCUCAGCAAUGCCUGGCAUCGAGUGAAGGUGAAUGUGAAGUGAACACAAGGUUCUAGAAGGAAUGGAAUGAAUAAAUACCCAAAGAGACAUUUACUGGUUUUAUGGUAACUCAGGAACGGAAGGAUGAUACAUCUGUUGUAUUUAUUGUAGACUUGCCCGGCCAGUGUUUAGACAUUCUACCCCGAUCUUGGCCAUGUAUGCCAAACUUAGGUAAGCGCCAGUUGCAUUAUGAAAUCGCGCACAAAUUAUCUAUUUUUGACUGCUGAGUUUACACAGUGUUAAAUGGCUUACCCAAUCUACAAUCCUACAAUCAUAGCUGGACAUAUUUUGCAAAUACUGACCUUCCUAAACUGGAUUAGUGGACGACUCAACCUGUGUUGACUGUAAACAUGUGGGAAUAUUUUUUCUGUUUACCUGGAAGCUAGUCAGGUGGUCUUAUGGUCUUAAGAUUUUAUAUUUUAAUGGAAAUGCACUGACGUCAUUUUGUGCUGUUAUCUUUUUUUAAUGUUCUUGAAAGUAAAGGGGCUUCAAAUGUUUUUUUGAGCGAUGUCAAAAAGAAGCACUUUUUUUUUUUUUUUUUAGAUGUUUUUUAGAGAUGAGUAUAAAGAAUCCUUUUAAGGUCUAAAGCAGUGGUUCUCAAACUGUGGUAUAUCACUGUGUGUUACUGUUUGUAUGCGAAGCAUCAAAAUGUGGUACUCCCGAUGAUGUCAGAAAGUGGUAUUACAUUUUUAUUUAACCCAUUAGACCUACACUUCAGUUCUUUACAACAUUAGUUUUAUAGGUCCUGUGGGAUCAAGGAAUUCACACUCCUGUUGUUUUCCUUAAGCUUUCGGAGAUGUCACAGUAGGCAUGACUACAUCCACCACUUACAUCAUCAAAUAUUCUACCAUGUUAGCUUGCAGACUGCAAAAGCAAGCAAGUAAGCUAGAGAGAUAUAUAUUUUUCUCACAAAUUAAAUUGUCCCUGUCACUAAUAAUGUACGUCCUUUGAAAUGAUUUGUAGGCAACACUUGGAAGAUUGAGUGUGAUUAUGCGUGGUACGUGGUUUGAAAACCACUAGAAAAAAAGAACCUUCAUGUGAUCAACAGGUGCUUCACACUUGCACAUCUCUGUUACAACCAUAAUUAGUAGGAUUCUCCAGGGAACCAUUGGUUCCUAUAUUGCAUUGCUCAAAAAACCAUUUGAAGCACACUUAAUAUUUUAAGGGCUAAGUAAACUAUUGGUAUUUCAGAAAUAAGAUUUGAAGGAGUGUAUAAUGUAAUCACUUGUAUUUAUCACUUCAGUGGUACCUGGACCUGAACCCAAGGUUCAGGAUGUCGUUAAGCACAGAACGCUUACACAUUUUUUUCUUUUCAGUGGUCCAGAUAUUACAGGUUCCAUCUGUUUUUGCACAAAAGGUGUAAAACCAAUACCACUAUAGUGAUUAUGUAUGUUGCUUAAACUGUAAAAGGACAGCAUUUAUGAGCUCUCAUAAAUUAAACAUAAGUGCUUCAUUUACCUUACUUUCAUCAUGUUUCAAUGAUCUGGAAUGUUUUUUUUUUAUCAUAGGACUGUUUUGAUUGACAUGCUCUAUUUUAUUUUGGUUUCAUUUGCUGAAAUAUUUAUAAUAAAAUAUUUAACAUAA